CGGAAUAUCCUACAAACCAAUGAAGGAAGCUUUCGCUCGACCCUGGACUCAGCCGGUCAAGGAAAUAAGUAACUUUUGAUUAGCAUUUCGAUCGCUUGUGCUAUAAUUGUAUUCAAAUCAGGGUGCAAAUGCUCACCUUGGAGGAGCACGUCUAGUAUAGCAGUUGUCCUGUUCUCAUAUUCACUGGCUUCGCUCGCACGGUCGUUUUCGCGAUGGCUCCGAUGGGCAUCCGACUGUCGCCGCUCGGCAUAGCCGUGUUCUGCAUACUGGGAGUCGGUGUGAUCUAUCACCUAUACGCGGGAGUUUUGUCCAGCAGAUUCGCCUCGUUCAGACAGAAGACGACCGUGGAUCUGCGAGACCUGCUCGCGCUGUCCAUGGAUGCUGCGGUGCAGGGCGGACGGGAGGUGAAGAGGAUCAGGGAGGACAACACGCUGGAGGAGAAGUCAAAGGGCGAAACUAAAGAAGGUGCCAGUGAAAAGCUCACGCUGGGUGAUCUGAACUCCCACCGAAAGAUGUUCUACCUGAUCAAGAACACCUACCCUAAUAUACAGGUGAACUCAGAAGAACAUGCGAACGCAGAGGGUGAGGCCACUUUGUGGACACGCAUCAUCCCUGAAGAAAUUCUGGCCAAGAUCCCUGGGGAGAAGGAGGUUCCUGCAAACAAGAUCACAGUGUGGAUUGAUCCACUGGACGCCACUCAGGAAUACACAGAAAACCUCCGGAAGUAUGUCACCACCAUGGUGUGUGUGGCUGUGGAUGGGAGUCCUGUAAUAGGUGUGAUCCACAAACCCUUCACUGGGUACACAGCAUGGGGUUUUGUUGGAGAGGGAUCCAAUGUGGCACCUCGUUCUUCCUACAACACGAACUCUCCUACGGUGAUCGUCUCACGCUCUCACUCGGGCAAGGUGAAGAGCUUCGUUCAGGCUGCCUUUGGAAACAAUACGGAAAUAUUACCAGCAGGGGGUGCAGGAUACAAGGUACUGGCUCUUCUAGACUCCACUGAUAAGGAACAAGAGAUGGCCGAUAUGUACAUCCACGUGACGUACAUCAAAAAGUGGGAUAUCUGUGCAGGCGAUGCCAUCUUGAGGUCUCUUGGUGGUCAAAUGACAACUCUGAAAGGAGAGCAGAUUGAUUACUCGGGGUCAGAAGGAAACACGGGCGGCCUGCUGGCCAGCAUCAACACUGACCACAAGGGAUUGGUGAAAAGACUCCCUCCUUGGGAAUAGAACAAACAAUAAUAAAUCACCAUGUGGUCCUGUCCCCAACACUCCCAUUUUCUUCAGUUCCACACAGGUGUGUAGAAAUACGAGGAAAUGAGAUAAGCGUGCGGCACGAGAUGGCCGAUCCAACACCUGUAGCUCAAUUAAAUGUGUAAAGAAUACCCAAAGGAGUUCGAGAAGUGUUACCGGUUUUGUACAAAGGAAGCGUGCCUUUGGCUUGUACGGAUCAUUAGUGUGACACAUUUAAAGAAUGUUUAUGUGUAAAUGAACUAAAAGUGUGAGACUCGAAUCAUGAGGUCACUUUUUUUUUUUUUAUUAAUCUCCAAGGUGAACCAGUAGCUCUAUUUCUCGUUUGAUUUUUGAGGAUAUAGUUUCUAAACUUACUGGAAAAAAACAGGUUUCAAAUGGUUUUGGGUAAAGAUUUAACUGUGAAUCCAGAGAUAACUUGAAUAUGACGUCCUUGUGCGUAGCGCUACUUCGCAUAAUUGACUACAUCGUUCCCCUUGAUGCCGUUUUUCCGGUUUCUCUGUCAGAUAUCAAUUUGUAAAGUUUAUACUCUGAUACCUGAAUUGCUGUGUGAUUAGACUAAAGAGGUUUAAGCACCAUUUGUAAAUAAAACAUAUAAUAUAGUAUGUUCAGAUUGAAGUCUUGUUUCUAAGGAAAGUUGGAAGAUAAAAUGGAUUUAAUGGAGUAGAAACUCAGCAGUCAUCAUUCAGAUGUUGAUCUUUCGUAGGGUUUUUCACUGUGAUUGCCAAUUUAAAAAAAAAAAACAUUUUUGUAUGAGUAUUCAUACUCUUUCCAUGAUUGUUUGUUGAGUUCCUUUGGAUAGUCAUGUACUGUUUACGUUCUGACAACAACAUUGUGUGCAUGAAAAAAGAGAAUGGGGAAAAAAUCAAAUUCUGCAUGUGCCCUUUUACAGAUCUUGUCUGAGAUUUGAGGCAUGUUAUUUGGCAUCACAUUGAUUGACAUCAUCAUUCUGCCUUUAAUAAAUAAAUGUAUAUGGGUUUUAUAAAGA